ACCAUGUGCGAAAACGCGUGUGAAAGUAUUCGUGGUGUAUUUGUAAUAAAAACACGUUUCUACAGCAUUUUUUUAAACAAAAAUAUAAAAUAGUACAAAAUAAAACAUUAUUUUAUUGACAGUUUUGUUAACAAUCAAAUCUGAGUGUAUAUAUAAUUGAAUAUUCAAAAAUAUCAAAUAUAACCUAUAAAAAUCUUAUUUGAUUUUAAUUGAAAGUAAAGUAAAUAGUGUAAUAUUGUAAUUAUUAUAAACUUUGUUAUAAAAAAUGAGUGAUCAAGAAUCAGAAGAUGUUCCAAAAGUGACCGGCCCUGUGGACAAUGCUUGGUCCUUGAAAAUCCCAUCAUUUAAACCUAAGGAUAAUCCACAUCGUCUUUUAGAGGAAAGUUCUUUUGCUACUUUAUUUCCAAAAUACAGAGAACAGUAUUUAAAAGGGCAUUGGCCUCUUAUACAAAAAGCAUUAGACGAACAUGCGAUUAAAGCUGAAUUAGACCUAGUGGAAGGUAGUAUGACAGUUAAAACGACUAGAAAGACUUGGGAUCCUUAUAUCAUUGUAAAAGCACGGGAUAUGAUAAAGCUCUUGUCUAGAUCGGUACCCUUUGAACAGGCAGUGAGAGUAUUACAAGAUGACACUGGUUCUGAUAUUAUUAAAAUAUCUUCAUUUGUAAGAAAUAAGGAAAAAUUUGUUAAGAGACGACAAAGAUUGAUCGGACCUAAUGGAUGUACAUUAAAAUCUAUUGAAUUGUUAACAAAUUGCUAUGUAUUAGUUCAAGGACAGACCGUUUCUGCUUUAGGGCCUUAUAAAGGUUUACAACAAGUUCGACGUAUCGUUGAGGAUACUAUGAAAAAUAUUCAUCCUAUUUAUAAUAUAAAAGCGUUAAUGAUUAAAAAAGAAUUAGCAAAAGAUCCUAAAUUACAGAAUGAAAAUUGGGAAAGAUUUUUACCUAAGUUUAAUAGUAAAAAUGUAAGUAAGCGUAAACAACCAAGAAAGAAGACGGAGAAGAAACCGUAUACUCCAUUCCCACCGCCACAACAAGAAAGCAAAAUUGAUAAACAGCUUGCAUCUGGAGAAUAUUUCUUAAAGGAGGAACAAAAGAGAGCGAAGAAAAUGAAAGAGCAAGAAGCUAGGCACGAAGAAGCUAAAAAGAGAAGGAUUGAACGCAGAGAGCAAGCAUUCAUUCCACCUGAGGAAAAACCGGUGGAGAAUAAUGUUAAAAAUACAGAAGUAAACAUUGAUGAAUUAAAGAAAAAGAUUAAGAAAGGUAUGAAAAAAAAUAAUACCAAAUCGUAGACAAGGAGAAUUAUGACAGAUGGUAUUGAGAUUUUGUGCAUAUGCAAAAUAUGAACAAAUGGUAAAUUAAAUGAAUUUUAGAAUAAACAAAUAUUUUUCAGCAGAAGUGUGUCCUAUAAUUUUAUUAGAAAAACUUUGUCUAGAAUUACUGUAAUAUUGUAAUCUUAUCUUAUAU